CGUGAUUUUACAGUAGAUGAAGCAUGGGGGAUACAUUGUAGUUUAGAGAGAGACAGACAGAUGUAGAUUGUCUGAUCCUCACCCCGGAGCAGAGGGUGGCGGUAAUGCUCCAGCUGGAUGUCAACAGGACGGGAAGAAGAAGAAGAAGAAGAAGACGAGAAAGAAGCGUCUCUCGGUGAGGACUCCAUAUCCUCUAUACAACGUCCUUGUGACCCUCUUAAACAAACCACAAUGAUCACCAGAAGAAGAGGCCGUGCUCUCAACAACUCUGAUGUGCAGCCCCUGCAGGUUGAAGUGGUAGACGCAGUAGAAGCCAUAGAUCUCCCGAGUUCAUCAGAGGGGUUCCUAACUGAUGACAUUGAUACUGCAGGAAUAGAGCUAGAUGACCUAUUUGGCGUUGAAGACUUAAAAUGGACACUUGAAAGAGAUGCAGCCUCCUCGCUCUUCGAUAUCGAGUUGGCAGAUCUUUGUGUGUACAGUGGCCAAUGUGAAGAUUCUGGGGCCGAAGCUUCAUCAGCCUCAUCUCCAGAGAGAAUGUCGUCAGACGUGAAGAUCAAAAGCAAACAAAACCAAUCACGUCAAAUGAUCAACAAAAACGCAAUCGCUGCCAGAUUGAAUCGUCUCAAGAAGAAGGAGUAUGUCAACAGCCUGGAGAAGAAAGUUGGCGUCAUGUCGGUGGAAAACAACAUUCUCAAACAGGAAAAUUCUCAGCUGACCAAGAGAGUGCAAGAGCUUGAAGAUGAGACCAGGUACCUGAGGGCUGUGCUGGCCAAUGAGAGCAUGUUAGGCCAGCUCUUGUCAAGGCUGAGUGGUGUGAAUGGGAUGAAAUUAUCUUCCUCGCUUUUCCAGGGCCCUGACCCGAAUGACCAUGACUAUGCUUUGCCAAGGAAGCGUGUGAAAGUGGAGGAGAAGGAGACAUCUGGCGGCGUGUGUCUGCAUGUGGACAGAAACCACGUCUCAGUGGAGUUCUGCACUAAGUGUGCAGAGAGUGCAAGCACAUCACUCAAAAUGUAGGGUCAAGUACUUCUCUCUGUUUUCCGAUAUUGAGACUGAGCCACUUGAUGGUGGAAGAACGCUGUUGAACUAGUUAAGAUUACCUAAGAACUGCUGAAUGUGCAUGUUUUUUUUGUGUAAUGGUUUGAGUACACGUUACUGCUAAACCUUGUCGACAGUUUCUUCUAGGUAAUGGUUGAUCUACCAUGCGGGAUGAGUGGCUUUCUGAACACCUUUACCUGCUUGACUCCAUGUGGAUUCUGCUGGUGGAAGGGGAAGAGGCUGGACAAGCUGCUGCCAACGUGGCCUGGUAUUUUUUUAAAGGUAGUAUCGGUAACAAACGGUAUACGUGAUUCCAUUUUACCAAUACUCCACAUCUAUACAUCCUGUCAGCACAGCUCAUGCAGCAUAUUGUUUGGGGGC